AUGGAUAGAAAGGGUGCUAACACCUUCCCUUUCUAUAACCUACCUCCCGAACCGAGAGCAAUCUCUUUAAGGAAUUUUUCUGUGCUUUUGUCCUUUCCUAUUGGAGAAAAUAAAAGACGGUGGCGACUCUUGCUUACCGCGACAUUUCGCGAACCAGCGUUAAACAGUCAGUUCCAGAUCCACCGAUCACAGAACUGGCGACUCUGCUGGGGAAAAAAACUUAAAGUGAGGUGUACCUUAGGGCUAGUUACAACUGUGUUUUCAAUUGUUUCCCUUGUAUGCUUUAAAUUGUGGGACCGUCUUGGGAGUUCUAUAGAUCCUAACCCGGAUCUGGGGGAUACCUCUUUAGAAAGUAGCAACAAGGCUGUGAGGGAACUGUGCGGGGACAUGGAAACUGUUCGUAGAAAGACAAUUCCAAUCAGUCUUGUAAGGAUCUCUCCUCAGCUUAAGGAGCUUAUAUCCAGGAUUCCCGAGAACUCUUCUUUCAGUGAAAGGCAUGGAAGCCUCAUCAGCUUGGUCAACACCAACAUUGAGGAAGAUAUGAUAAAAGUCCUGUUCCAAUUCUUUGACCCUCUGCAUCACUGUUUCACUUUCUUGGACUAUCAGUUGGUACCUACAUUGGAGGAGUUCUCCCGACUCCUGAAGAUCCCUAUCCUUGAUCAGCUACCCUUCAACGGUACAGAAAAGGAACCUAAGCUUGAAGAGAUUGCUAAAGCCUUGCACCUGCAGUCAUCUGACCUCAAGGGACAUUGGGAAGUUAGAAGUGGUAUCAAAGGGUUCUUAGCCAGGUUUCUGUUUGAAAAGGCCUAUGAUUGUUGGAACUCCCUUGACUUGCAAGCUUUUGAAGAAGUUGUGGCCCUCCUUGUUUAUGGUUUGGUGUUGUUCCCUAACCCAGACCAGCUCAUUGAUAUCAGUGCCGUCCAGAUCUUUAUGUCCAGGAAUCCUAUACCUACGUUGCUGGGGGACCUCCUUCACUCAUGUUACACUCGAACCAUGAGAAAAAGAGGUGUCCUUAUGUGUUGCACUCCUCUCCUGGGAAAGUGGUUUAUUUCGCACCUUCCACAAUCAGUCCUGAAGAACGAACAGGGUUUGAGAUGGUCACAACGGUUGAUGACUCUUACACAUGCAGAUAUACAUUGGUGCCCUAGGUCCAGAGAAGAUGUCACUAUCAUUGAUCGUUGCGGGGAGUAUCCUAAUGUUCCUUUACUUGGAAUCAGAGGGGGUAUUACUUAUAGUCCAUGCCUGGCUUGGAGACAAUUUGGUUAUGCUCGGAGAGAUGGUCCUCAUGACAUGUUGAUUCCUGACAUAGUUUUUGACUUCGACAACGAUACUCAAGGACUUCGCCAGAGGUUUAUCAGAGCUUGGAGGAUGCCUAGUAGGAUAGACAGCAAGACACUGGGGCACAGGAACUCCAUCCCUUUGGAGCCUUACCUCAAGUGGGUACGAGCCCGUUCUCAGAAGUUAGUAAUGCCUUAUCCUCACAUGCUUCCAGUAAUCAAAGAGCCUGCCUUGGAAGGAGAGGUGUCUCAUGUUAUUCAGCACCCUGAUAUGCCCACAUCCUGGGAAGAGAUGCAGAAGAGUUGGAUCCAGCUUAAAGAAGAAAGGAAUUCUCUUGAGACUAGUUUGCAUGCCAGUGAAAAGAAGGUUUUGGAGCUCACUCGCCUGUUGCACGAGGAAAGGAAUCUCAACACUUACAUAGCUCCAGAGAAGAUGCGCAACAUAUUUUGGAUGUGA